AUGAAGUUGAAAGAAGGAUACAAGAGGAGGAGAGACCCUCUGGAGCUUUAUCUUAUCGUCGCCUUUAACCAACUCAGAGAGACACCCACGGCGCAUUCGGGAGAAAAAAAAGCUCCGAGGAAAUGGUCCACUCCAUUGGCCAAACAGCUCUAUGAAGCUAUAUCCACUACCGGCUCCGUCCCCUUGGCUAGUUACAUGCGAAUGUGCCUAACCGGUGACUUGGGAGGCUACUACACCGGAGCCGUUGGAGAGGGCCGUGACCAGUUUGGCACCAAAGGAGACUUUGUCACCUCUCCCGAAAUCUCCCAGAUUUUUGGCGAGCUUCUCGGCAUCUGGUUCAUCGCCGAGUGGAUGAGCCAAGGCAGGCCCAGCAAGGGCGUCCAACUCAUCGAGAUUGGCCCCGGCCGAGGUACCCUCAUGGACGACAUGCUUCGUACUAUCCAGCGCUUUCCAGCCAUGGCCAACAGCAUCGAAAACGUCUUCAUGGUCGAAGCCAGCCGUGAGCUGCGAGAAACGCAAAAGAAGCUCCUCUGCGGCCCCGAUGCGCCCUCUACUGAAUCCAAAGCCGGAUGCCACAGCCCCAGCAAAUACAGCUCAGCACCGAUUGUCUGGACCGAGACAAUCAAGUCCAUCCCCAUAGAGCCAGACAAGACUCCCUUCAUCGUAGCUCACGAAUUCUUCGACGCUCUCCCCAUCCACACCUUCCAAUCCGCCGCAGCAGCCGCCCCCAAACCCUCCCCCUCUUCUUCUCCUCAGCCAGAUGAUGCAUCACCAGCUCCCGAUCCCGCACCGCCAACCAUGGAGUGGCGCGAGAUGAUGGUCUCCAUCACACCUCCCGGCGCAACCCACGCAGAUCUCGGCACCCCCAAGUCCCAGCAACACGAGCCUCCCCCCGAGUUCCAGCUCGUCCUCUCCUCCGCCACCACCAGACACUCCCGCGUCCUCCCCGAAUCUUCAACCCGCUACCGCCGCCUCAAGCAGACCCCCGGCUCCGUCAUCGAAAUCUGCCCCGACGCCUCCCUCUACGCCGCCGACUUCGCCGCCCGCAUCGGCGGCUCCCGCGCCCAUCCCAAGGCCUCCCCCAGCGGCGCCGCCCUCAUCCUCGACUACGGCACCGCCGACACCGUACCUAUCAACUCCCUCCGCGGCAUCCGACAGCACCGCCUCGUCAGCCCCUUUUCCGCCCCCGGCCUCGUCGACCUCAGCGCCGACGUCGACUUCCACGCCAUUGCAGAGGCCGCCACCCUCGCCAGCGACGGCGUCGAGGUCCACGGGCCCAUCUCCCAGGCCGACUUCCUCGAGCUCAUGGGCAUCCGCCAGCGCGCAGAGGCCCUCAGCAAGGUUCCUAGCGUUUCCCCGUCCAAGGCUAGCGACAUUGAAAAGGCUUGGAAACGCCUCGUCGACCGUGGGCCUAGUGGCAUGGGUAAAGUAUACAAGGCGCUCGCGAUAUUGCCCGAGAACGACGGCCGUCGCCGUCCAGUUGGGUUCGGAGGUGAUGUGACGGAGGCUUAGAGCU